CACUUCCGGCAAUCAUGGGGAGGCGCCUGACUAGCUAACGUUUCAUAUGAAUUGACUUUAGCUAGAUAUACAGUACAACACAUUAUUUUGCUCAGGGAAAUAUAUAACAAUUGAGGUAAGCCUGCUUUGCACUUUGCCUUAAAUUAGUUUAACAAAGUAGCUAACAUUACAACUAGCUUGCUAGUUAUUUGAUCGAAUUUCUGUUUGAGCGUGUAGCGAACAUUUUAGGCGCUCGCCUUUGUUUGUAGCUAGUUAGCUACAUUAGCUAGCUACGCGCUAACGGUCUGCUACCACCGUUGCUCUAUAUUUGUUAUGGUUUAGUUAAAUGAAGUAUCGCUAGAUAGCGAAAUAAACCAAUAGUAUACGAAGAUCUCCGUGUCCCGCGUUUGAAAUACCCAGCUAACAAACUAACGUGAGCAUAAACGUAUAACUAGCGGCUACAUAGCAAGCUAAGUAGUUAGUUCGCUAACAACUUUAAAGGGAACAUGGUCAUAUUUGCGUUGAUGUCAGUUCGUCUCAACAAACAAUUAUGUAAGGUUACAGGGCUCGUCAGUGUGUAUAAUAUAUUAUACAGUAAGUUGCAGAGUUAACGUUACCUAGCCACCAAGCUAACGCGGUGUGUUUUUUUUAAAUAAAGGUGAAAUAAAUAAAAAAUAAAUAAAAAAUUUAAGGUACCACCAGUUAUGCAAAUGAGUUCGAAAAGAAGAAGGGCCACCUCUCCCUCCAGUAGUGUGAGCGGAGGGGACUUUGACGAUGCAUCCUCCACUCCUGGAAGCGGACGAAAAAGACGAAGAGCCUUUAAUGUUCCUACAGUAGACCCUAUUGCUGUGUGCCAUGAGUUGUACAACACUGUCAGGGACCACAAGGAUGACCAGGGGAGGCUGCUUUGUGAGCUGUUCAUCAGGGUACCAAAGAGAAGGAACCUGCCAGACUACUAUGAGGUGGUGUCCCAGCCCAUAGACAUGACCAAGAUCCAGCAGAAGCUCAAGUCAGAGGAUUACCAAGAUGUGGAGCAGCUCACUGCUGAUUUCCAGCUUAUGUUCAACAAUGCCAAGAACUACUAUAAGGCUGAGAGUGAAGAGUACAAGGCAGCCUGCAGGCUGUGGGAACUCUAUGUUCACAUCAGGAAUGAGUUUGUGCAGCCAGGGGAUGGUGAUGAAGAUGAUGACGAUGGUGAAGACAUGCUGGAUAAUCCUGCUCUCUCUACUGAAGAUGAGACUCCACCGAGCUGCCUGAAGGAGGUUUUGGAGCAGCUGUUGGAUGCUGUGGUGUCAUACACGGACACAUCAGGACGGGUCAUCAGUGAGCUCUUUCAGAAGCUGCCUUCCAAAAUGCACUACCCAGACUACUAUGCCGUUAUCAAGGAGCCCAUUGAUCUUAGAGCCAUCGCUCAGAGAAUACAAAUUGGGUACUACAAAAGUGUCACCGCCAUGGCCAAGGAUGUUGACCUUCUGGCGAAAAAUGCAAAAACAUACAAUGAACCAGGAUCUCAGGUUUUUAAGGAUGCUAACACCAUCAAGAAGGUCUUUAUCCAGAGAAAGACUGAGAUCGACCAUGCUGAGCCCACUAAGACCAGUGUCCGCAUCAGGAACCGGAGGUCAGCCCAAGGAGACCGUCUCUCUGCCAUCACUCUGGCUCUGCAGUACGGCUCAGAGAGUGACGAGGACGCCCUGCUCUCUGGCUCUGUGCAUUAUGACGAGGGUGAGUCUGAGGCGGAGUGCCUGAGCUCCAGUAUGGACAUGGGUAACCCAGUGUUCCAGCUAUAUGAGGCUGUGAGGGGGGUCAGGAACAGCCAGGGACAGCUCCUCUCUGAACCCUUCCUCCAGGUGCCCUCCAGGAAAGAAUACCCUGACUACUACCAGCAGAUCAAACAGCCCAUCGCCCUCCAGCAGAUCAGGGAGAAGAUGAAGAACGGGGAGUACCAGAGCGUGGAGCAGAUGGACUCUGACCUCACUCUGAUGUUUGAGAACGCUAAGCGCUACAACGUGCCCAACUCGGCCAUCUUCAAACGGGCCCUGCGGCUGCAGCAGAUCCUGCUGAUGAAGAAGAGGGAGCUGUUGAGGAGAGGCGAUGAAGAGGAUCAGGACAGCAUUCUGUCCUCUGACACAGGAACUGGCAGUGCUACCAAGAAGAAAAGCCAUAAGAAGAAUGUGAAGAAGAACCGUAUGAAGGCUCUGUAUGCUGCAGUGACUGAAGCCAGAGAGGCAGGGACCAACCGGAGGCUCUGUGAUCUGUUCAUGGUGAAGCCCUCCAAGAAGGAUUACGCAGACUACUACAAGGUGAUCCUGGAGCCCAUGGAUCUUAAGACCAUGGAGCAUAACAUCCGCUCAGAGCGCUAUGCCACCGAAGAGGCCCUUAUGGACGACAUGAGGCUGAUGUUCCGCAACGCACGCCACUAUAACGAGGAGGGAUCUCAGGUUUAUGAUGAUGCUGACAUCCUGGAGAAGAUUGUGAAGGACAAGCGGAAGGAGCUAGGAGCUUCUCCUGAGGAGGGCACUGACAACUUGGGAUCUCCUAAGCUCAAACUAAGAAAGAGUGGCGCGUCUCCUAAGAAGUCCAAUAAGUACCUGACCCCGCUGCAGCAGCGCCUCAAUGAGCUGUAUGAUGCUGUGAGGAACUACACAGAUGGCAGGGGGCGACGUAUCUCCACCAUCUUCUUGCGCCUUCCGUCCCGCGCUGAGCUGCCUGACUACUACUCCACCAUCAAGAGGCCCAUCGACAUGGAGCGCCUGCGCAGCCACAUGGCGGGCGGACGUUAUCAGGACGUGGAUGCACUUGUGGAAGACUUUGCCCUGAUGUUCAACAACGCCUGUACCUACAACGAGCCAGAGAGCCUGAUCUACCGUGACGCUCUGCUUCUCCACCGUGUGCUCCUGGAGACCCGCAGGCUGCAGGAGGGAGUGGAGGAGGGUGGCUCGCCCCCUGCUGUGGGGCCUCUAGUCAGGGAGCUGAUCAGGAACCUGUUUAUGUCUGUGCUUGGACACCAAGACGAGGAGGGGAGGUGUUACAGCGACUCACUGGCUGAGAUCCCUGCCCAGGACCCAGCCAGCCCAGAGAAGCCUCUGCUCAACUUUGACGUGAUCCGGGCCAACGUGGAGCGAGGACGCUACCGCAGGCUGGACGUGUUCCAGGAGCACAUGUUUGAGGUGCUGGAGAAGGCCAGGCGCCUGCACAGGACAGACUCUGAGAUCUUUGAGGAUGCGGUGGAGCUGCAGCAGUUCUUUAUAAAGAUCAGAGAUGAGCUGUGUAAGAACGGUGAGAUCCUCCUCUCCCCGGCUCUCAGCUACACCUCUAAACACAUGCACAGUGAUGUAGAGCAAGAGAAGAGAGAGAAACUACCCAAGGAGAUGGAGGAGGACAAACUGAAGAGGGAGGAGGAGAAUAAAGAGGAGGGAGAGAAGGCUGAGGACCCAGCUGGGGGAGGUGCAGGGCCAGAGAGGAUGUACAGUCAGGACUGCAGCUUUGAAAACAGCACCUACCACGUGGGAGACUGUGUCUACGUGCAGCUGGCCGAGGCCAACCGCAAGCCUCACAUCGUCUGCAUCGAGCGCCUGUGGGAGGACGAAGCAGGCGAGAAGUGGCUGUAUGGCUGUUGGUUCUACAGGCCCGGUGAGACCUUUCAUCUGGCAACACGCAAGUUCCUCCAGCAAGAGGUCUUCAAGAGUGACUACUUCAACAAAGUACUAGUCAGCAAGAUACUGGGCAAAUGCAUGGUCAUGUUUGUCAAGGAUUACUUCAAGCUGCAACCUGAGGGAGUCAGACCAGAGGACGUGUACGUCUGUGAGUCCCGUUAUUCUGCCAGGAACAAGGCCUUUAAAAAGAUCAAGCUGUGGGCCGUGCCAGCCGCCGUGAGGUUUGUCCCUCGGGACGUGCCUUUGCCCGUUGUCCGGGUGGCCUCCAUGUAUGCCAAACGUGAUCAGGAGAAACUGCUGGCCGUGGCUGAUAACGGCAGCCGCAGCAUCGUCGACAAGGAGCGUGAGGAUGUGCCAGUGGAGAUGACUGGAGGGGAGCCAGGCUGUCCGUACUAUGACCAGCUUCACUACAACAACAUGUGGCUGAAGGUGGGAGACUGUGUCUACAUCCAGUCACAUGAGCUCAUUAAACCACGCAUCGGCAGGAUAGAGAAGCUGUGGGUGCGUGACGGAGCAGCUUUCUUCUUCGGGCCCAUCUUCAUCCACCCAGAGGAGACUGAACACGAGCCCACCAGGAUGUUUUACAAGAGAGAGGUGUUUCUCAGCAACCUGGAGGAGACCUGUCCCAUGACCUGCGUCAUAGGUAAAUGUGUGGUGUCGUCCUUUAAGGACUACCUGUCGUGUCGGCCCACUGAGGUGUCUGAGGAGGACGUGUUGCUGUGCGAGAGCCGCUACAUCGAGAGUGAGAAGCAAAUGAAGAAGUUUAAAGGCCUGAAGCGCUUCUCCCUCCACGCUAAGGUGGUGGACGACGAGAUCUACUACUUCAGGAAGUUGAUAGUGCCCCAGAAGGAGCCGUCUCCUCUGCUGAAUAAGAAGAUUGAUGAGUUGGAGAUGAAGCUGGCAGACAUGAAUGAGGGGGAUGAGGAUCUGGAUGACCUGGAGGAUGAAGACGAGGCUCCAGAGACUCCCUCCAUGCCCAUCAUGCAGACCCCUCUGGCAAGCGAUUUGGACAUCAUGCCUUACACCCCUCCUCAGUCCACGCCCAAGGUAAAGGGUGUGUCUAAGAAGGAUGGAGCCAAGAGGAAGAUGAACAUGAGCGGCUACAUCCUGUUCAGCAGUGAGAUGCGUUCAGUCAUCAAGACCCGCCACCCUGAUUUCUCCUUUGGGGAGCUCAGUCGUCUGGUGGGAACCGAGUGGAGGAACCUGGAGGCUCCCAAGAAAGUAGAGUAUGAAGAGCGGGCAGCCAGGGUGGUGGAGCAGCAGGAGAGGGAGAGGGCAGCCCAGCAGCAAGCUUCCCCUAGAGCAGGUACCCCAGUAGGGGCCAUGAUGGGAAUGACGCCUGGUCCAGGUAUGAUGGGUCCUGGUAUGAAUGGCAUGCAAGGAAGUCCCGGAGGCCACCACUACAUGCAACAGCCUGGGAUGCAGGCCCCUCCACCAUACCCAGGCAUGGGCCAGCUAGGGCAACCCUCCCACCUCCAGCCCACGACCCCCAUGUUUGUGGCUCCACCGCCCAAGACCCAGAGGGUGCUCCACUCUGAGGCCUACCUCAAGUACAUUGAGGGCCUGAACGCAGAGAACAACACUGUCAGCAAGUGGGACCAAUCUCUCAAAGCACGUAGGAGAGAUGUCCACCUGUCCAAAGAGCAGGAGAGCAGACUCCCUUCCCAUUGGUUGAAGAGCAAGGGAGCCCACACGACGAUGGCAGACGCACUGUGGCGCCUGCGGGACCUGAUGCUUCGAGACUCACUGAACAUACGUCAGGCGUACAACUUGUAGAAACCUCUAACAGCUGUAUGUGUUCCUGGCUGACUACAUUGCAGACACCUGCCAGAUCUCCAAAAUACUUGGAUAGGUGUUUAACAUAUUAGCUAACCACAUAUCGCACACGACCAUUGGUUGAUUCAAUGCAAAUGUCUGCAAUGUAGUUAACCUGGUACACGACCACUGUCACUGCUCACUGUCCUCGUCGUAGAAUGGACACAGGAGGAAGAAUUAGGUGAUAGAGAAUCAAUAUUUUAUAGUGAAUCAAUCAUGGAUUUUUAUAUUUUAUUUUAGAGCAGAAUAAGCUUAGGUUUGUAAUUUCUUUAUUUUGUAUCAUGUUUGUGAAGAUUUCUCAAUGUAAGUUAAUGUUCUUAGCCACUUAGUCACUGACAAAAUAAAUUUGCUGAGAACAUU